AACUGUUAACUUUAGUAGCAUACAUGGCAAUUCUAGUUGGCCUGUAUGUCAUUCCACUGUUUAUUGAAUCUCCAUGUGUUCGACCAGCAGAUAGUUUGCCUUCCAAACCAAGAUUAUUUGCCCACCGAGGUGCGUCAGGGGUUGCACCUGAGAAUACUUUAGUUGCAUUCCAAUUAGCUGCGAACCAAAGUGUCUAUGGAUUUGAGUCAGAUGUACGAAUAAGUUUAGAUGGAAUUCCGUUUAUUUUACAUGACAAAACAUUACGACGGACAACCAAUAUUGAAGAAGUAUAUCCCGACCGAGUGGAUGAUGAUGCUUCUACAUUUACAUUUGAUGAAUUGCGGAAACUCAAUGCUGGAAGCUGGUUUUUAGAGGAAGAUCCAAUGGAUGUUGUUGGAUCUCUUACUGACAAAACAAAGGAAAUCUACAAUAACCAAACCAUUAUGUCUUUGGAAGAAUUGAUUGACUUAGCAAACUUGACAGGGAAGAAUAUUUUUAUAGACGUACAAAUCCCAGUCAAGGAAAAUCCUUAUUACCAUACAGCUUAUAAAAAAGCUGUUGAUGUGAUACUGAACACUGGAAUUCUUCCUAAACAGAUUUGGUGGUUCUCAAAAGUCUAUCAUUCAGCAUAUACCACCAAUUUUACACAAACUGGGACAAGUUAUCUACCAGUUGAAGAUCUCAUAAAAUUGCAUAUCUCUAAUUUCAAUGCUAGGUAUGAUACACUUAGUGAAGUUGAAAUCCUACAAUAUCGUGAAUCCAACAUUACUACUAAUGUCUACUUGGUUAAUUCAUACUGGCUGUUUUCCCUGUAUUGGUGUCUGGGUGUACAAUCUGUAACAACAGAUGAAUGUCAUGUCCUCAAUAAAAUUGAAAAACCAUUAUGGCAUUUGACUCCAGGAACAUAUCUCAUGACAUGGGUUUCAGUUGAUAUAAUAUCUGCUAUCAUCAUCAUCACCAUACUUAUAGUACAAUGGGUCCGGUUAUUGGGAACACGCUUCAAUCCAGAGACAAUUUCGUUACAUUCUCAACAGACAAUGACUAUCCUUACAGACCAGUAUCAUUCUACUUCAAGACCUAUGAAAGAAAAUCUAUUAUUUACUGCUGACUAACUUGAAGAAGAUGUUCUGGAAACAACUGAUUCUC